AUGAAAGUCUUUGUCACCGGCGCAUCGGGCUAUAUCGGCUUACCAGUGGUCCGAGAACUACUCGAGCACCGCCACGAGGUACUCGCUCUCGCAAGGAAUGAGAAGAGCGCAAAGCUCCUGGAAGCAGUUGGCGUACAGGUUCAUCGCGGGACUCUAGACGAUCAUAACUCUCUAGCACAGGCUGCUGCGGCCUCUGAUGGCGUUAUCCAUCUUGCCUUCAAGCAUGACAAUGUGGCUGAUUAUGCCGGUAUUUGUGCCGAUGAUCGUGUUGCUGUCACUGCAAUGUUGAAGGCGCUGGAAGGAUCGAACAAACCCUUUGUGUUUACUUCGGGCACACUCAUGAUGGAGCGUGGUAAGCUUGCACAUGAAGACGAUGCACCUGAUAUGACACAUCAAGUGAGUCGCAUUCGUGGUGCAAACGAAGCCGUCGUGCUAGCCUUUGCGGAGAAAGGGGUGCGCGUUUCGAUAAUGCGGGUGCCACCCAUCAACCACGGAAAAGACGAUAAAUAUUCCAUUGGUAUGCUGUUUGCGAAAGCGCAAGAAUCUGGUGUCUCGACGUGGCCGGCUAUCCAUCUGCUCGACAUUGCUUCUCUGUUCCGGCUGGCAUUAGAGAAAGGAAAAGCCGGGUCAGUUUUUCAUGCCGUUGCGGAGGAAGGCGUUCGGUUGAAGGAUAUUGCCGCUGCAAUCGGCAAGCAACUGAAUAUCCCUGUGAUCAGCAAGCCGCUAGAAGAAGCUCAGGAGUACUUCGGGUUCAUGGCCUUUGCGCUCCAUGAGGACAACCCGACAUCCAGUGAGAAGACGAGAGCCACGCUUGGGUGGACGCCGAACCAUCCAACGCUAUUUGAUGACAUUGAAGCCGGUACCUUCACAAGCAAUUGA